AUGCAUUCCCCACUCCGCAUCGCCGUGUUAGAAUGCGACACCCCGCUUGAAAAUAUCAACCGCCGCUAUAAUGGAUAUGGCGGGGUAUUCCGCGUGCUCCUCAAAGCUAGCGCGAAUGCCUUGGACCAGCCUGAGAAACUCGAUCCAGAAACGGGUCUGGAAAUAACGGCUUGGGAUAUAGUCAAUGAUGACAAAUACCCGAAGCUGGAAGAUGUAGAUGCCGUGCUUCUAACAGGAUCAAGACACAACUCCUUCGAAGACAUCCCCUGGAUCAACCGCCUCGUCGAAUUCACUCAACAAGUACUCGCACAGGAUCGGGUCCGCCUACUCGGAAUCUGCUUCGGACACCAAAUCGUUGGCCGUGCAUUAAACACCAAGGUCGGACGAAGCGACCAAGGUUGGGAGAUUGCCGUUUGUGAUGUGGAUUUGACCGAUAAGGGAAAGGAGUUGUUUGGUCGGGAUAAGAUCCGCAUCCAGCAAAUGCACCAGGAUAUUGUCUUUAAUUACCCCCCGAACGUGGUUCCUCUCGGCUCAUCCCCGCGCUGUGCUGUGCAGGGUAUGUAUGCGCCGCGCCGCUUUAUCACCCUACAGGGCCAUCCUGAAUUCACCGGGGACAUUAUCACGGAGAUUAUCCAGAGUCGGGCCGACAGUGGUGUUUUCAAGGGGGACCAAGCUCAGGAUGCUUUGAGCAGAGCUAAUAAUGAACAUGAUGGUGUCGCCAUUGGGAUGGCGUUCCUGAAGUUCCUACUGGAGGAUUGA